CCACAUAUUAUCAUUGUUGCGAUGGGAUGCGAUGCACUCACAUCUGUAUCAACCGGACCGAACUUUCAAAUGAUGGAUUGUGAGGCAGAUCGGCAUUCUUCUUUUCACUUCCUCUUGCUCCGGAAAAAUAUUCCACGAAUGUUACUCAUCUACUGUAAAUGAAUUAACAACUAAUCCCGCUGUGACAUCAAUUUUUCUCUUAUUAAGGAGUCUGGUUGAGUUCUACUCCCAAUAUUUGCUCUUCCUUGUUCCUACUCAAAGAGAGCCGCUAAUGCCGUCUCUUCCAAGAAACCGAGCCACCGCGAAAUCCUCCAUGUUCCUCGUGUCUCUGUUUGAAAAAUGCUCCACCAUGAGAGACCUGAAACUGAUCCAUGCCCGCAUCAUCACAAAAGGUCUAGAGCAAAAACUGUUCCACGCUACGAAACUCAUCAGUUUCUGCGCCCUGUCCGAUGGCGGGGACAUGGACUACGCAGUCUCUAUCUUCCGCAGGAUCAGGAAACCAGACGGGUUCCUCUGGAACGCCAUGAUCAGAGGAUUUACCAAGUCGCGCGAACACUUGAGUGCCUUCGAGCACCACAAGGAAAUGCAGGACAGGGGAUUUUCGCCCGACAACUUCACGUUCUCUUUCUUGCUCAAGCUCUGCGGGCAGCUGGGGCUGAUUCUGCCCGGGAAGCAGCUGCAUUGCAAUGUCCUGAAAUGUGGGCUGGAAUCCCACGUUUUUGUCAGGAACACCCUCAUACAUAUGUACGGUAUGUUCCGAGACAUCGGAACCGCGCGGGCGCUGUUUGAUGAAAUGGCUGAGCCGAGUCUCGUGGCGUGGAACACGGUUCUUGAUUGCUACGUAUACUGCAGGAAGUUCCAGGAGGCACUGGACCUGUUCUCAGUCAUGUUGCGAGGCGGAAUGGAACCCGACGAGGCCACCCUUGUGGUGGUCCUAUCGGCAUGUUCUGAGCUGGGCACAUCGACUUUCGGGAGGUGGGUUCAUGAAUCCAUGAUCAGGCACACCGAUCUAUUCGGCACCAUUUCAGUGUCCAAUGCACUUAUCAACAUGUAUGCUACGUGCGGUGCCGUUAAAGAAGCUUUAGCGACGUUCAACGAGAUGGAGAGGCGAAACAUAAUUACAUGGAACACGAUGAUUGUUGGGCUCGCGAAGCAUGGGCAUGCAGAUGAGGUCCGGAGUCUGUUCUCGAGGAUGUUGGAAGACAGGGUCCAAAAACCGGACCAUGUAACGUUCUUGGGAGUUCUCUCUGCAUGCAGUUAUUGCGGUAGAGUACAAGACGGUAUAGAGUAUUUCCGGUUAAUGAGGGAAGAGUUCGGCAUCGAACCGACAAUGAAGCAUUACGGGUGUAUGGUGGAUAUGAUAGGAAGGGCAGGGAUGGUAGAGGAGGCCUAUAGGUUGAUCCAAAGUAUGCCGAUAAAGUGCAAUGCCGCCGGCUGGAGGGCACUUCUCGGUGCAUGCCGGCUCCAUGGUAAAGUUGAGCUGGGUGAGGUGGUGAGGAAGCACCUCGAAGCACUGGAACCUGAUCAUAGUGGUGACUACGCUCUACUUUCGAGCAUGUAUGCGAGCUCAGGCCAGUGGGACGAAGUAUUGGAAGUGAGAAGAUUGAUGCACGGUAGAGGAAUUGAAAAACCCGAGCCCGGUAAUAGCAUGAUCUGGCUUCAUCCAACAUAGGAGGCCGAUGGUGUCUUAAUUCCAAGUGGACCAUGACCUUUCAUUACCUCAGGCUGCUAUUGACUAUUGUCGACCGACAACACUUAAUGGUUGAAAUUGGGGGGUUGGUCUAUACGAGGUGUCCAUAAAAAUUUAAUUUAUUUGUAAUAAAGCACGGAGACAAAAACAAGCGAUUUGUUCUACCAUAGUUAACACAGAUCUACUGCACAGCAUGGAUUCAAUCUCAAACUAAGACAUUUUCUUCUGCUGCUUCUCCUGCCAUUCUUUGAUCUCAGCUUCGAUCUUCUGAUUGACGCUCACAUGGAAACCUGGGUAAGGUUCGUAUUUGAAAACUAUUUGUAGAACCU